AUGAAUUUGAAGAAGCAGCUGUGGUCUCUGGCCCGUAUAGUCCUGCCUGGUGUGGGAUUUGCGUUGACGUGCAUUGGGGCCUACAUGAUGUCCCUGCAGGCAGAGUACAGAUACACUUGGAGGGUCAUUCCAGCCUAUAUUUUGAUUGUCCUCGGCUUCUUGGCUAUGCUUAUCGGGGUCUUCUGGACCAUCUGCCACAGCAUGAAGAGUAAGAUGUACCAGAGAGGAAGACAUGAACAGCACAUCCAAGUCUACACUAUUGAAAGACCAAGCUGCUUUCCUCCAUCAUAUGAAGAGUCCCAGGGAAGCCGAGUCUCUCUUGAUACAGUCCCUGAGACUGUGGUUGUGGUCGACGAGGUGGAUGUUGUGAUGAGUCUCGCUCCUCCGCUGUACAGCCAGGACAGCUCAGAGGCCCCAGACUGUACGUGGAGCUGGGAGCAGCCUCCUCGAUACAGUCAGGUUGUGCUUAUUCAGCAAGGACAGGUGGAUGCAGAGGAGCAGAGGGAGGCCUUGUCCGGACACUGA